AUGAUGGAGACUCUGAACACAGCUGAGCUCUGCUUCCCACAGCUCCUCAAUGCCUCAUGCAGGAAGCCGCUUCAUCAUGUCGCUGAAAACGUUUUCAUCUUCUUGGUGUUGUGCCUUCUGACAGUGCUGACUGUGACCCUGAACCUGUUGGUCAUCAUCUCUGUCUCUCAUUUCAGGCAGCUGCAUACCCCCACCAACCUCCUCCUGCUCUCUCUGGCUGUCUCAGACUUCCUUGUUGGGUUCUUUGUGAUGCCGAUUCGCAUUCUUCUCACAGAGGAUUGCUGGGUUUUGGGAACCUUCAUGUGUGGGAUGUUUAACUUCACCUCUUUCAUUCUUACAUCUGUGUCAGUGGGAACCAUGGUGCUCAUAUCAGCUGAUCGAUACGUGGCCAUCUGUGACCCAUUACGUUACCCCACCAAAGUCACUCUGAGGAGAGUCCAAGUGUGUGUUUGUCUGUGUUGGGCCGCUUCCAUUCUGUAUAAUGGAGUGAUUCUGCGGGACUCUCUCAGAGAUCCAGACAAAUUUAACCACUGCUUUGGAGAGUGUGUGCUGCUAGUAGACAGUUUAACAGGAGCUUUUGAUGUGGUCAUCACCUUCUUCUGUCCCAUCACAAUCAUUGUGAUUCUGUACAUGAGAGUAUUUGUGGUGGCUGUGUCUCAGGCUCGAGCCAUGAGGUCUCACAUCGUUUCUCUGCAGAGUUCAGCUCAACCGAGAGUGAAAAAGUCUGAACUGAAAGCAGCAACUGCUCUGGGUGUGGUUGUGUUCAUGUUUCUGGUGUGUUUUUGUCCAUAUUUCCUCCCUUCUGUAACAGGUCAAGAUCUUGAUUCCAGUGAUUUUUCAGCAGUGUUUGGAAUUUGGCUUUUUUAUGGAAACUCAUGUUUAAAUCCACUGAUCUAUGCUUUUUUCUAUCCGUGGUUCAGGAAAUCUCUAAAAAGUAUUGUUACGCUGAAGAUAUUGAAAGCUGACUCCUGUAAUGUCCUUUUAUUGUAAAGUUGUGAAACAGCUGAUGGAAGUGUGCAUUAUUCAUAUUCAUAUAAUACUUGUUAGAAAUGCUAAACAACUGAAAUUUAAUAAACAUUUGGAAUAAAAAAAGUAUGAAAAGAUAUCUUUAAAAUCAAAUAUACUUUGCACUGCAAACCUCAGAGAGAAACCACGAGAGAGAAGACACAUCAAUGAAACCACAUCAGCAACUUCCCCAAAUCAAACUUUAUUCAAAAAACAAUUUUCGUAUGCAAGUAACAAAAUGCUUUACAAAAUGAGAAUAUAUUUCAAGCUUUAUAGACAAAAGCAAAACAAAGAUAUCCACAUGAAAAGGAUGUCCCCAACUCC